AUGGCAAAGAUCGGCGAUCUCCCAGUCGAGCUGGUCGACCUCAUAACAGACCAUCUCUGCCGAGCUCGCGAUCUUGCUGCAUUUGCGCGAACGAGUCAGAAGUUCUACAGUCUUGUCGAUCCGAUACUCUACAAGUUCGCGAAGGAGCAAGUGCCGAAGCAGAUGGCAUGGCACCCUCUACGGUGGGCGGCAGAAACUGGACAGACGGGGACAGUCAAGAAGGCUCUCGCGGCUGGUAUCGAUGUUAAUAUGCGCUUCGUUUCUACAACCUUCAUGCGGAUGCGAGACUUGGAGAGCUUCCAGAUCAGGAUCGAGGCGGUAGAUGGACACGAGGUCUGGGAUCCACCCCCUGAUAUGGAAUCCAACCAAGAGUGGCGGCCGCACGAAGACGACACGGAUGACGAUGGUCUGUCGAGGUCGAGUUCCACGGUCGAUCAAGUGCAACCCAGGUAUUCUCCUCCGAGGCGACAUUUUCCUGAUCCAUUUCUCUCGGAUUUAGAUGAUGACGAGGGGAUUGAUGAUUUCGAUGCUGGCAUGAUUGGUUUCGAAGAUGAGGACGAAGCUGAUUUCAUGCCUGGAUUUCAUCAUCCUUUUGUUGAGGACUACUGGUCGGAGGACGAGCCUAUAGACGACGAUGACGACGAAAUGCCCGAUGAGGAUGAAAAUGGGGGUAGAGAUGAGGAUAGUCACGCAAAUGGACGUGACUCGGACGAGGAAGAUGAUUUGGUGGGAUCAUUUCGAGCCGUCCACCUCGCGGCGAGAGGCGGCCACAAUGAUGUUGUUCGCGUACUGCUUGAUCAUGGCGCUAGCAUCGACGUGUUUUCGCGUGUGCUCUGCCGGUGCGUGCCCAUUCUUGCUCGGUCUGCUCUGGGCCGCGGGAUCCCCUUGGUCCGGAACGAGAUGUUGGGCUUCUCGCCACUUCACCUAGCAAUUUGCCAUUUUCAGGCGUCCACAGCUAAGCUGCUGCUAUUCCGUGGUGCUUCCAUACGCUUAAGCGAGCCACAACGCCACAGUGCUUCUACAGCCCUACACGCCGCUGCUGCCACAGGCCAGGUGGAGCUGUGCAAGCACAUUCUAGACGAGGGUCUCGUUGACGUGGAUGUCGUCGAUCAUUCUGGUCUCACCCCGUUCUAUUAUGCUUACAUGAGCGAGCACUGGAACUCGACAGUAUCAUUUCUUCUCGAAAAAGGCGCUGACAUCAAUUUCUUGAUCUGUCACCCGACUCGUCUCGCCCCAACUGAAGGCGGCGAAUUCUCUACUACGCUUUACGAGGCCUGUGUUUUCGGCCGCUUCACUGACGCCGUAAGGCUCAUUAACCUUGGUGCGAAUGUCAAUAAAGGACAUUAUAGGCAGGAUGUGCAGUACAAAUGGCCCCUUCACGCCGUCUGUCAACCACCCAGGACUUUCGACGAGCCGCUUCGAAUUCCCACAAUGAGGGCCUCAGCUCCUCCCAGGAAUAACGAGGAGCAGCGUAUGGAGUUGAUCAGGCUCAUGCUCAAGUCAGGAGCUGAUCUCGAGGCCAAAACCCACCAAGACCUUGAGUCGCCGCUCCAGUACGCGGCGAUGCAUUUUGAUGUCGCUGCGCUACAGGUCCUCCUCGCCGAAGGCGCUGAUGUAGAAUCACGAAAUUGUCGCGGCCGGACACCUCUACUCCGAGCAUGUGGGCCAGAAAUCACAUCAUACGAUAGUUAUGCUGCGAGUCAGUUUCUGGUGCGCGGAGCGGAAUUGGAUGCCAUCAAAAUGCUCCUGGAUCACGGCUCAAAAAUCAAUGCAACGGAUGACGACGGGAAUACGGCCCUGCAUCUCGCGUGUACUCUCAACCAUAACCGCCAUGACCGUCGGUACGACAGCGAUCAAAAGCAAGAGAGGAUUGUCCGAAUGCUUCUCCAGCGGGGCGCUAAAGACAAUGUUCCAAAUAAGCUUGGGUUCACACCAUUCGAAUCCGCGUUUAGUGGGGGACUCUUGGGAGUCUGUGACAUACUCGUACGACGCCGCCGAUCUCUUCAGCCUUGGAAACACGAAGACUUCGACAGGAUGUUUCUUGCUACUAUUCGCGACCGACCGCACGAUCUGGAGGCUGUGGACCUCCUUCUUGACCUCGACAUCAAUGGAAUUCUGUUCAACAAGUCGACUUACGUGAUGAAAAUGAUAGAAGGAGGCCAUGUCAAAAUGGCGAACAGAUACCUUGAGAGAGGGGCAUCGCGACCUCCCUUGAGCCCGAAGGAAAAGAUUACCAUCAUCCAAGAGGGAUUAGCUCGUGGCAACGAAGCACUUGUGAAACAAAUGCUAGCCAUGAAAGUGUCUGUCAAUUUUCCGGACAAAAACGGCCACACUCCGCUCUACGUUGUACUUCAAAGUGUCGGUCUCCCGGGGAAAGAGGGACUCGUCAGGGAAUUGCUUGACGCAGGAGCGGACAUCCAUUUCAAACCACAAUCGAGCACUAUUAUGACACCUCUUGAGAAAGCUGUCAUGGUUCAGCAACAUAAACUUGUUGAGAUCAUGCUCCACAGACACCCCCUCCGCAACAAUCCCAAGGCGCCGAAAGGAGUCUAUCUCCAUGCGGCGGCCCGUACAGUUCCGUCGAAGCGAAUGUUUAGUACGCUAAUCCGCUCCGGCGCCAGUGUGACCGAGCUGGAUAGCAACGGCGACACUCCACUAUCUGUCUUCCUCAAAUCUGUCGCGGACCAGCCGCACUGGAUGGCCCACACGCGCGGUGCGGCAAACCAGGUCUGCGCAACAGUCUGGUUUCUGUGGAACAAAGAUGUGGACGUCAACCUCAGAAACAAGAGCGGCAAGUCCAUUAUCAGCUAUCUGACCGCGCUGCGCAUCUACAACGGUGACAAUCUGGCUCGGAAGCGGAUCGCGGAUGAGUUGCAGCUUUGCGUCGAGGUCGUGCCGGCUAAGGGUCCAGACGGUGCUAAAGGGCUCAAGAUGUUGCGUUUUCGACAUGGACUCAUGGCAUUGGGAAGAAUUGGGAGUCAUGGUGGUGAUGGAGGAACAAGGCCCCAUCAUCGCUUACGUUGGUAA